AUGGUACGUGAAGAGUUGAACUUUGAAAUACAUAAAAUGUAAAUUAAUCGUGUGAGGAUUUCGCAUUGUUUACAAUGGAGAAACAUUAAAAAUCAAAGGAAUCGUUUCAAUCAUUCACUUCAUUUGAGAUCAUAAUGUAUCACGUUCUCGACUUUAUUUGUAACAUUAUAUUUCAACUUAUUACAUUGAACCAAUAAUAAUAUACCACGAAAAUAGAUGACAAGUCAGGUGACUCCCAAAAUGUGGGAAAAAUUAUUGUAUGUCAGAUCUCUAUUCUUCCCUUAGUCGAUGUCUGUACUUUAUAUUAUAAUAUACGGUAUACAGUGCAUUACAAGUAAAUAGCGACAGAGAUGAAUGUAGUAAUUAAAAGAAUUUUUACGAAAGUAGGAAAUUCACAUAAUGUUAUCGUUGUUCGAUCUAUAAGUACAGAAACAUUAUCUCGAUGGUGGUGUAAGAUUACGAAUCAAAAACCAAAACGCAGGAUUUUCAAAGGUGAUAUUUAUGGACCGGAAUCGUAUGAAGUUUAUGAAACAGAUGAAAAAAUUGGUUUUUCUGCAUACUGUUUGUUGAUCAUACCAAUUUCUACCUUUGUGCUUGGUACGUGGCAAGUUCAAAGACUUAAAUGGAAAACAGACCUAGUAGAAAAACUGAAAACUCGUACUAAUUUUGAACCUAUUGAGUUACCAGAAAAUUUAGAAGAAUUGAAUACAAAGGAGUAUUAUCCUAUCAAAGUGAGAGGAAAGUUUUUAUAUGACAAAGAAUUUAUGGCAGCAUACAGGAGUCUAAUAAAAGAUGGUAAACCGUCAGAUGCCUACUUUUCUUUUGGCAGUCAGUCACAAAGGGGAUAUCAUAUUAUUACACCCUUUAAAUUGGCAGAUAGAGAUUUAACAAUUUUGGUGAAUCGUGGUUGGAUUCCAAAAACAAUGAGAAAUUCAUCAGAAAUACAGAAAACUAAUAUACAAGACGAACAAGAAAUUGUAGGAAUUUUAAGGUUACAAGAAAAAAGGCCACCUUUUAUCCCAAAAAAUCGUCCGCAACAGAAUAUGUGGUAUUACAGAGAUGUGGAUGAAAUGGCUGAGAAGGGAAACACAUCUCCUAUAUACAUCGAAAUACUUUUUAACAAGAAUUUGAAUCAAUACCCAAUUGGUGGCCAAACGAGAGUAGAAUUACGAAAUGAACAUUUAAGUUAUCUGCUCACAUGGUAUUGUUUGUCUGCAGCUACUGCAUUCAUGUGGUACAGGAAAUUUAUGAAGGGAAUACCAUUAACGCAAUAA